AGUGCAUUUGCGGAUGUCAAACGAAACUGUUGAUUUUGCGUAACAAAAGUGAAUUCGUGAUUUGUUGAAAAAGUGUGAUUAAAUAUAAUAUUAUUUUGAACGAACAGCAUUAUAUAGAAAAUUUACAGAUAAUUGUUUCUAUUUUCUAUUUUUAUAUAGAAAAUUUACAGAUAAUUGUUUCUAUUUUCUGUUCUGUACGUACAAUUUAUAAAUCAAAAAUGGCAAAAUUAGCACUUGAGCUUCUCACGCUGGAAAACAAUGUUUUCAAAGCGUAUCUCUUCUGGUCCGCAAUUUUAGUGUUGAAAAUGUUAUUCAUGUCGCUAUUGACGGGAUUUACGCGUUUCAGGACAAUGACCUUCAUCAACGAAGAGGAUAUACUCAACAAACGACUCAAGGUGAAGUACAACGAUCCAGAUGUGGAGCGAACACGCCGAGCGCACCGCAAUGAUCUGGAAAAUAUUCUGCCGUUUUUCAGCAUUGGCCUCUUAUAUGUGCUGCUAGAUCCCAAUGCUACUUUGGCCAUCAAUUUGUUCCGAGCCGUGGGCAUCUCACGUAUCUUACACACCUGUGUUUACGCCAUUGUUCCAGUGCGACAACCGAGUCGACUUUUAGUUUUUCUUGUUACCGCCUUCAUCACCAUCUACAUGGCUUAUGAAGUGGCUCGAGCCGUGGCAAUGUGAAGGAGAGACAUUUAAGCUUUCUUCUUAAAGUAAGAGUUAGACAAAUAACAAGAAUUUUUUAUUUAAAAUGAAGAUAAGUGUAGUUGAUUGUAAUAUAUAGGAAACUCAAUGGUUUAUAUAUAAUCAAAACUUUUUGGAAA